AUGGAGAAGACAAUCACUUCAUUAGUUUGUACAACAAUUCUUAUUUUAUACUUAAUUAAUGGGUUUUUUGUGGAUGGUGCCUUGAUGAACGCAGAUAACGUAUGUCCAGUAGAAGAAGAGACUCAAGAGCUAAGCUUGCAGAGACAUGAGCAACCUGUUGUGUUGCAUACCACACGACCCUGCUGGGAUGUCUCACAGGGUUUCCGUUGUAAAGUGAAGACUAAUGGAACAAAGCUCUCAUAUAAAGCGUUGCCAACGAAGAAGAAGAGAAUUGUUUACAAAUGCUGUUCUGGAUAUUACGAAACACAGCUGGAAACCUGUGAAGUUUGCUUGGAAGGUUAUUAUGGGAAUAACUGCAGUUUACAUUGUAACUGUUCGGGAAACGAAAUUUGUGAUAAUGUGGUUGGAUGCUGCGAUCAGCUCACAAAACCUUGUCGUAUUAUGCAAAGUGCUGCAGUGAAAGAAUAUGCUGAAAGUAGAAGUUGGCUACUUCCUGCUCUGCUGGCAUCGUUAUUGGCUGUUGUCUUGUUAUCAUUUGGAACAAUCUUUUAUCGAAGAAAGUAUAGGAAGGAGAAGGAUCCUGAUCUUCCAACUCUUACUUAUUAUCCAAAUGUCAAAGAACUUUUAACUCAUAAUGAAAUUGAAACACGAGAAUUCAACAAUCCAAUGUAUAAAUCAGCUAUUGAAGCAAUAGCGAUAAAAAUCCCGGAUGAGUCAACAGCUAUCGCUAAGAAUGCACAGCGAAAUUCUUCUGUUAUACACGAAUAUGCAACCUUGGAUUACGCUGUGCCACCAAGUCCAUAUGAGGCUCCAUUGCAUUCAACACCGUCACCAAGUACUCGAUCCAGUGGAAAACUGGGAAAUAAAGAGAAUGAAUAA